CCAUGGCUGCUUUCCCUGUGUUUUCGAAUUAAAGCGUCCAGUUAUGUCUCUGCUGUUACCGAAAGACUACACAAGAGACGCGAAUGACUUUUCCACAACCCACCGCGCAAGUGCUUGCUGGGCGCGCACGCAUCGCAAGCCUUGUUUCGUCCAUUAGGCCCUUACGCCUGCGCACCUCUGUAUUCGACCUCACGGCGCAUCGCAUUCCGACAUUAUGGACUCUCUAUCGCGGUCUGCUGCGGAACUCGCCUACCAACGAGAUACGAUGGAGGAUGGAGUCUCUCUUCCGACGAGACAAGUCUAUGCGCAAGGCGGUAGAUGUACGAGACGCCCUCAGGAAGUACCACAGGUGGAACGACAUCUUUGCAGCUGCCCAACAAGGCGACACUCGGCUGCAGAGAGUAUUGGAGCGAUACAGCCGGAUGAUUAGUGCCAAGAAACGCAACGACCGCAUGGCUGAAAUUGUGGAGGAGGAAGUCGCCUGGAUUCAGAAGCUCAGGAACCGACCCAUACUGACAGGUUCAUACGUUCGCCCAUCAUUUUUCAAUGGCCCUCUUCCGCGCAUGAAGCCCUUCCCUAUACAUGUGGGAGCGCUCAUCCAUAAGCGGCGGGUGAGGCGAGGCAAGCGCAUCGAGGAGUUGGGGGUGCUACGUGACCUGAAGGACGAUCUGGCGAAGGAGCGGGACUUUGAAGCUGAACUUCUCCGAGCCAGCAACGGCGACCCCUCACAAACGCAAGCUGUAUUUACGGAUCACUUUGAUGACUGGGAUCGCCCGAUAACCAGUCGCAUCCACGAGAUCCUACAGACCUUCAAGCGUGAUGAUGCUCGAGCUCGCAUGCCGUACCCUCCGCAAAUGCUCGCGGCUAUCAAGGCCGCUCGACGGGAGAAGGUCGAGAACAAGACAAGGGAACUGGAGCGUGAACGCCGGGGCGCUGUACUGAAGCGUACGCUCCUGCGACGGCGAAAAGGCCCACCAGCGCACGUUCUGGCGACGAUGUCUGCGCAGGAGAGACAUAUGGACAAGGUUUCGCGAAGUGUCAGCGAGGUAGGGUACGUGGGCCAGGUGAAGCGAGCGCUGGGGUUCAGGCUACGGAAUCCACAAGCGUGGAAAGCGGAAAUUGGGAGACCCGAGGAGAAGGAGAGACUGGACCGGAUGAUGCAUGAAAUCAGCGCUGAGAAUAGGCGGCGGCGGCAGCGUGCGGCGAGGGCGGCGGAGAGUGUGAGAAGGGCUGAGCCGUCGUGAUGCUAGCUGUGUGGUAAUGGAGCUGCAUAAG